AUGGCUCCCAACUACUCUCCCAAACACUUUCUCGUCACCUUUCCAGUCGAAUAUGUCGCCCAUGUCGAAAUCAACCGAGCGGACAAGCUCAACUCCUUCUUUGAAGCGAUGUGGCUAGAACUCCGUGACAUAUUCGGUCAGCUAUCUCACGACCCCAACGUACGAGCCGUUGUCCUCUCCGGCGCUGGCUCCCGCGCAUUUACUGCGGGACUGGACGUCAAGGCUGCAUCGAAAAGUCUCCUUGGACCCAAGCCAGAUGGUGAUGCCGCACGUCAUGCUGCCAUAUUCCGCCGUCACAUUGCCUCCUUCCAGGAAUGCAUUACUGCGGUAGAGAAGUGCGAGAAGCCAGUCAUUGCGGCGAUGCAUGGGAUAAAUUUUGGACUUGGGAUUGAUCUCUCAGCUGCCACGGACAUUCGAUACUGUGCGGCUGAUACGAAGUUCUCCGUCAAGGAGGUCGAUAUUGGUCUUGCAGCGGAUAUUGGUACCUUGUCCCGACUUCCAAAGGCUGUUGGAAGCUAUAGUUGGGUUAAAGAAGUUUGCUUGACGGCCAGGGUUUUUGAUGCCAAAGAGGCAAAGGAGGUCGGAUAUGUCAGUGCUGUGUUCGAUAACAAAGAGGUUAUGAUUGAAAAGGCAUUAGCCACUGCAAAGUUGAUUGCUUCCAAGAGCCCUGUUGCUGUCCAGGGUACCAAGGAGCUACUUAACUGGUCAAUUGACCAUUCGAUUCAGGAUGGGGUGUGGAAUAGCGCAGCCCUUCAGACCAGCGAUAUAACAACUGCGCUUCUAUCGGGCUUGGAGAAACGAACUCCUACGUUUGAGAAGCUAUGA